GCUGCCGGCGCAGCCUCGGGUCGCGCGGGGCAGGGCCGCGGGCCGCAGGGGCGAGCGCGCUCCGGGAACAUGGCGGCGGCGGGCCUCGCCCAGGUGCCCGACGUGGACAUCGACUCCGACGGCGUCUUCAAGUACGUGCUGAUCCGAGUCCACACGGUGCCGUCCUCCGGGGCUCCGGCCGGGGACAGCAAGGAGAUCGUGCGCGGCUACAAGUGGGCCGAGUACCACGCCGACAUCUACGACAAGGUAUCAGGCGAGAUGCAGAAGAAGGGCUAUGACUGCGAGUGCCUGGGGGGCGGGCGCAUCUCCCACCAGAGCCAGGACAAGAAGAUCCACGUGUACGGCUACUCCAUGGGUUACGGUCGCGCCCAGCACUCUGUCUCCACGGAGAAGAUCAAAGCCAGGUAUCCCGACUACGAGGUCACCUGGGCUGACGACGGCUACUGAGGCCCACCCGAGGCUGGCCGCCUCCAGCAGCCCACUCAGAACUCUGCCCUCAAGGCCGCCUCCCAAGGGACUGGGCUGCACCCCCGGCACUUUGUCACACUGGCCAGGCCUCGGUGCCCGGGGCCACCUCUCUGGGGAGAAUUAAAAGCAUCAUGAGCUCUGCUGGUCCCUGAA